GCUCCCAAUUCAGUUCGCUCUCACACCCCCGACGCUCAGCUCGAUUGUUCUGUUUAUCAGUGUCUCAGUUCUAAAAUGACGAUGUCAUCCCCGCACGAUUAUUCCGGAUAUCCGGUCUCAGUGAUUCGCGAUUCCACGGCCUCGCCUCUCCAGCUCGAGGCUCACAUCAAGCGGCCCAUGAACGCUUUCAUGGUCUGGUCGCGCAUCCAGCGCCGGAAAAUCGCGCUCGACAACCCGAAGAUGCACAACUCGGAGAUCUCGAAACGGCUCGGCGCCGAGUGGAAGUUGUUGUCCGAGACGGAAAAGCGGCCUUUCAUCGACGAAGCCAAGCGCCUCCGUGCCAUGCACAUGAAGGAGCACCCCGACUACAAGUAUCGCCCCCGUCGCAAGCCCAAAUCCCCGGCCUCCAACAAGCAAGGCCUCGUGAAAGCAGUGACCGUUCCAGUGCCAACAACCAACUCCGGGUAUUUUUCCAACUUCCCGUACUUCGCGCCCCCUACAACGACCGCUCACAGUUUCGAAGGUCUGGGUUCGUACCCCGUGCCCUAUUUCGGUGCCCCGUUCGACGCGAUGCAGUUCUCCAAGUUAGUGCAAAACCAGCCCAUGUCCCCGGACAGCAACCGAAAGUCUCCCGCGGCUGUUGUGAGUUCCUUCUACUCGAGUUUGUACCCGCAAUCCGGAUCUCCGACUGGCAAGAUGAACCUGCCGCCUCCACCGCACUUGUCGGCCCUGUUCCAGCCGCCUUCGCAUUUCAUGUUCGCUAACCAUGGACAACACAGCCCUGGAUCCAGUCCCGGACAGACACCCACACCCACCUCCGCCAACCCCAUGGACAUGGAGAUCAGGAGGCCGCUCCCCGUGGUAUACUAGAUCUUUUUUUCUGUUUCCUUUUUUUCCCUUCUAGUGCCAUUUCCUUCCUUUGUUUUGGUUUACCUGUCGUCAAGACUGAUUUUUAUGUUGUUGAUGGUUACACCCGUGAUACUCUUGUAAAUAGCCUCCAGAGUGUACAUUUUGUACAGAGAACUCAACGUUUUGUAAAGUUUCAGUUUCUUUAUAUCAUUUCCUUUUUCUUCGUGAUCUCGACGGAUCUUUAUGCAGAGGGAAGGUCUUAAGUCCCUUAAAAGGACCUGUCCGGUUUAAUUAUUUCCACUGCACGGACCCAAGAAAUUUGUAUUAGUUUAAUGACUAUUUAAUACACAUUCCAAUGUGUAAUCUGACUUAGCUGACUGCUGCAAUCAAUCUUAAAUCUAUUUCGAAAACUCGCAUUUCUAAUUUUCAUAUGUUCAAUGGAUCACAUUCAUCUUACUGAAUCAGAUAUUAUUUAUUAGACUCAUAAAUCUAGUUCAAUGCAUUCAGUUUGCAGAGUGUAAACUUUUGAAACCAUUCCUUUCUUAUUAGCAAGAAAUACUUUACCCAGUUCCAACACGCUUAUGAAGACGGUGUAAAUAAGCAAAUGUGCAUGAAUUUUUGUCGGUUCAGAAGGUUAUUCCUACCCACGAACAAAUUUUUUCCAAAUUUGGAUGUUAUUCUGAAUUUAACGUAAUAAUUGUCUCCUGGAAGCUGUAAGAGGUCU